CAAUUUUGUCAUUCUCAUUCAUUGUUGUUGCCUGAUGGCUAUUAUUUCCUUUAUAAAUAUUUCGCAAUUUUAUUUACAGUGAUUAGUUCUGUGAUUGUACAUUUGUGAUAUCAAGAUGAUCCAACCGGACUACCCUUCAGCCCUAGGCUUACUGGCUCAUUUAAACUCGGACGAACUAAAAGAAAUGUUAAAUGACGACACCAAAUUCGACAGUGUUUUAAAAGACGUAAAACAGGUGAAAGAUUGGGAAACAGAGAGAGAGAUGACUAUAGCAAGCAAUAGAUCCUUAGCUGAGUUUAAUUUGAGCAAAGAGCCAGAACUAGAGGAAACGAAGGCAGCGGUUUUGGAAAAAUCUGAAAUGGGGGAGCAAUUGUGCACCAGGAUCCAAGAGUUAUUGGAAGAAUAUAAAACGAAAUCAGCUGGCAUAUCUCCGGAUACAACUCAAGCACUCCUACAGACAGCAGCAGCAGAAUCUGAGGAACAAUCCGAGAACCUUGCACAAGACUUUCUAUCAGGAAAGAUACCAGUGGAAAAGUUCCUUGAAGACUUUGAACCAGCCCGCAAAAACAUGCAUUUACGGAAAUUCAAAGCUGAGAAAAUGGCUGAGCUACUCCGAUCUGGCAGUCAGAGCUCCUUUGGUAAUGGGUUCGCAAAGCCAUACUUACCCUACCCAAGCUAUGGGCAACAAGGACCCCCAAGCGUGCCAUACCCCAUGGGACCACUCAAUAUGCCCAUGCCAGGCAUGUAUGGAAACCACUUUUAAAAUCAAUGUGUUCAUUGAAAUGAUUUUCUAUAGAUUAUCAAUUUUUAAAUUGAAAAUAUAAAUAUGAAUCAAAUAUUGUUUUAUAGAGAAUAUUUGUCAUGUAAAAAUUUAAAUUCUAUUCAUUGAUUGAUGAAUAGCCAGACACAACUGUUCGAUUGCCUGAUUGAUAACCUAAACCUAAAUAUGUCAAAGAUGGUCUUAAUUUUAUUAUUGACACAUUUUAUGUUAUAUAGGGGAACAACAACAUACAUAUUUUCAUUGCAUUCUAAAGUUCCUUUUUGUCACAAUUUUUAAAUGUUCAGACCAUUCUAUUCAAAAGAGGCGAACAAUAAAAAUACCUUUAAAUAAACUUUAUGUUAUUAUUUUUCAAUUUUCUAUUUUAAAAUGUAUUGUAUCAUUAC